GAAAGUGACGGCCUGGAUGAGCCGCAACUAGCAGAAGCAGAAAGCCUUCCGAGCCCCUGUUCCGACCCUACCACCUCCCACUGCUGCCAGGCAUCCGGACACCCAGAGAUCAACCAGCCCCAAGCCACCAGCCGACCCAGACCCAGACCCAGACCCAGACCCCUCGCCCCUCAACCUGCCUGAUCCUCCCACCGGACAAGUCCUGCAAGGUGGGCACUCACAGGCUCUUGGCCCCCCCCCCUCCUCCUCCCCUCUCUCCAUGGAACUCGAAUUAUGGAGGAGUAUUUGUGUGAAUUAAAAACUACUGUCUGGGCCUCACAUGCCAACGAGUCCAUACCACACAUCUCUCCGUUGUAGUCGCUCGUCUCCUUCCGGCUGCCGUCCAACCUGGACCUGAGCUUCUUCCUCCUCUGGCAGGACGUGACACUGGGCAGGAAGAUGAUACAGAAAAAAAUUUAAAAAACCUUGACGAAGAGGUGAAGCUCAUUAUUUAUCCACUCUGCAGAACAAGACUGGGCUUCUCUCUCUUCUCGUUCCCUCUGUUUCGGACCGUCAGGAGGUUGUUGUUUUUACAUUUCUUCCACUUCAACAUGUUUUUGGAGUCGGUGGUAAAUGAACUCCUUGUCACUUUCCUCUGCAGCAAAACAGAAACCACACACACUGAGGCUGACGACGACCAUUUUCCUUUUCUUCCUCCUCCUCCUCCUCUUUCGUCGCCUUCAGUUAAAUGUUGUCGCUGUUCCCUCAGCCUGAGAAAAAAAAGAGAAAAGAUAUAUUCUUCUGUCAAAGGAGGCGUUGGGUCACCACCUCUACAUUUCACCAUUGCACACAUCUGAAAAGGGGGAGGCGACGAAGAAGUGACUGCAGUGACUGACGUUCACAGAUGAUGUCUGAGCCAAAACCUGGAGGUAGAAGAUUCAGGAGGAGGAGUCGACUUCCCCCUUACGUGCAUGCAUGAUUCUUUUUUUGAUUUUUUUUGUCCGGAUGCAUGCCCCCCUAACUGUACAGCACUGGAAUACACACCCAGAACCACAACACAUGGAAGGAACUGCCUGUGGUCCAAACCUUACGAACUAACAUCCUGUACACAACCAGCGAACAUGUCAUCGCGUGCCACCUUCCACUUACAAAAGAAAAAGAAGAAAUAUAACCCAACAGCAGCGUAAUCAAUAUCUUAAAGAUGAACAAUAACUGAUGCCAUAUCCCGUUGGACAACAGGCGUCAAUGUCUCGUCAGAUCUACGUUAUCGCGCCGCUUCUCUCGUGGCAGGUUUAUUUCGUAAAGACCAUGUAGCCGAUCCGAUCGCGUCCGGUAGGCAAACGUUGUUUACUAUGCUGGCCACAGUUCUGUUUGUCAAAAUCUGUUUGUAUAUGAUGCAUUUUUUUUUAGGUGAAGCGAGUUUGUUGCCAUGUCAUGUGAUUAUGUUUUUUUGUUUUUUUUUUAGGCUGUCAAUCUUUUAUUGUUUUCAAGAACCAGCGGGAAACGAUCCACUUUUACAUGACUUGAUUAUCUGUAACCUCGGCUCCAGAUUCACUGAGAUGAGCAGUCGAACGUCUGCGUUGCACACUCACAUUUUUAAUCCAUUUAAAGGUGCAGUACGCAAUUUUUGGAGAAAAGAUUUGUCUGUUGUUGGUUUUUCUGACCGCUCUGGUCCCCGGGACUCGAACCCGCAGCCUCGGGUACGGGAGACGGACGCGCUUACCACGAGGCCAAACCCCCCCCCCCCCCAGUCGUAGCGUCUGUCGCUAGCUCGUCUCCUUCAGGUGUCGGCGAGUGACGUUUACUGUCCACAAUUAUUUUCAAUUUACAUUAUUUUGCGUACUGCCCCUUUAAGAGGUGUGUGUGUGUGUGUGUGUGUGUGUGUGUGUGUGUGUGUGUGUGUGUGUGUGUGUGUGUGUGUGUGUGUGUGUGUGUGUGUGUGUGUGUGUGUGUGUGUGUGUGUGUGUGUGUGUGUGUGUGUGUGUGUGUGUGUGUGUGUGUGUGUGUGUGUGUGAGAGAGAAAAACACUUCUUCGCUUCCUGACUUGACGCUGACAAGGUUGAAACUUCAAAAUAAAAUAAUUCCAGCAGUGACCAAACAGACACACUCUUGAUUUUGAUGUCACCUGUACAUGUGCAACGCUGUCGGUAAAAAAAAAAGUUCAAUGUGGAAAAAAUAUUAAAAUUAGGAGGUUUUUGUUUUUGCUCAGUUGUCAUUUUUCUUCCUUGUGGCAAACCUCCAGUGAAUCUGGAUCCGUGUUGGUGUUUCAGCUCCUCGUUUCCAGACAUCAGAGUUUUAAAGAUCUGAUCACAAACAAACUCACAUCAUCUUCUUUCAUAUUUUUGUUUCACUGAACGUUGGUUUUAUUUGACAUUUCUUUCCACCCGUCAGUCGAGCGAUUGGUGAUUAAGGGUUACGUGUGCAGAUCUUGAGAGUGAAAUCAAAUCAAUCAAAUCAAACAAAUUCAUUCCCCAAAAUGUCAAAAUCUUCCUACUUUUUUUUAAAAAUUGAGCCUAUUUAAAGAAAAUAAAUAGAACAGGUUUUUCAAAUAUUUGCUUUACUGCUAAAACUCAGUAACCAAGCUCAAUUUUUUCAUCUUUCUGAAUAACCAGCUGCUCAUAAACCAUCUUAAGACAAACAUAUCACAUAUCAGUUUGUUCUUCUCAGUGGAACUUUCUGCAAACCUUAAGGUCGUUGUUUCUUAUAAAAAAAAAAUAUUCUACCAUCGAUAGCCAAAACUUUAAUUUCUAGAGUGUCUAGAUACAUUUCAGGUAUUAAUUUAUUUUGGGUUUUUUUUAAUCUUCACAUCCUCUUGAAUCACUCUGGUAUCGAAGCGACGAGGCGGCGGAGCGCUGAGAGGAGGAGACGUGUUAUUUAUUUUAAUUUUAUUUUUUUUUAAAGUCUUGUAAAUAACUCAUGAAACAGCAACAAACAUAUAAUGGACUAAAUGACUUCUUGUUAGUGGACAGGUUUUCUGAAUUAAUGUUGGUGUAUAUGCAGUUUUCAUUUUUUAAUUAUGUGACAGAAAUACCAUAACUUACAUUUAAUAUUACUAAAAACAAUGAUGGUGAUGGUGAUGGUGGGGUUAAACAAUGAGCGUCACUCGUGUUUCCUAGCUCCAUGCUAACAUGCGAUCUUACGCACGUACGAGAAAGUGUUCUUCCGCUCUCUGGUGGACAAGUUGUCCAGUGGUACAUUCAAUUUUUCUUUUAUUUUUUCUUUAGAGUCGAGAAACUAUUGAAUUGAACAUAAAGAGUCGACCGACGUUGGAUCGUUUAUGUAGAUGAGGAUUUUAAUUUUUUUUUGUUUUGUUUCUUUUCAGGCGUGUCACUCACUGUCGUAGUUCCCUGUGGACGAUCUGUAAAUGAGUUAUUAAUGAAAUUCAACCAAAUAAAAUGAAAAAAUAUAAAAACGGGGAUUUUUAUAACCUCUCUUGUUCUUAUGUUAUCAUUUAUUUUGUACUUGCAACGCAAAAUUAUCAGAAUCAACUUAUUUAUUAUCCGAUUUAUUGGACUAUGUUUGAGUGGCUGAACCAAUUAUGACGUUCAAGCAAAAAUAAGGACGAAAAAAGGGAGCUAUGAUUAUUAUGUAAAAGCAAGUAGGGGAAAAAAAUAUAUGUCAAGUAAAAGAUUAAAAAACAUGACUUAUAUACAUGUAAGUAUGUUUACAACGCAUUGACAACUUCCUGUUCAGCGUGUUAAUAUGAAAACGAGUGGAAAGAGUGCUGAAAUAAAUAUCAAAUAUAUAAUGUAUAAAGAGUAAUUGUGCGUAAAUACAGUAGCUGGUAAAGUAACAGUAUGUGUUUUUAUAUUUGACAAGCGAUGGUCGACGUGAACGUUGUGAACACAUUUUGAAACUUUUGAAACUAAAUAUAAUUUGUUGGCACAGUGGAGGUUUUACAGCAGUUUCACAGGUUUAUUGCAAAGGUUGUGUUAAAAUAUACACUGGUGCUUCCAGACAAGUAUUUUUUUUGUAUUUCAUGUAGAGGGACAUUUAGCGAUAUUUAAAAAUUUUGAAUUUUUGUUUUUUCACCCAGAAGUGUGAUAGUUGUUCUGUUAAUACUUUCUGCCCCCUUUGGGUCCUCCUGAAAUAGUUACUAAUAUAUAUUUUUGCGAAGUUGCAUAACUACAGUAGUACUACUACACGUCAGACUGGUUCUGUAGUACAUGAAUACCUGUGUUUGUAUGAUUAGCUGACUGCAGCAGCCCCUCUGCUCCUCAGCCUAUAAAUAGUCCAGUAAUCCCGUUAGUAGCUUAGUCCACUUAGCCGACUUCUUUCUGUCGAUCAGUAAAUACCUCGUGUGCCCGGUCGCCGUCUACUGCGCUCAACAGGAAGCUGGCACAGGUCAGAGGUCAGAGGUCAGAGGGCAGAGGGCAGGGACGGUCGGAGAAAGUGAAUCUGGGUCACAAACUGUGGAGCAGACUGACGUGAGACUGGACUGGUUUAUUAUCUCUACAUCGUUAUUCAAAAGCAGCAAAUUGAUUAAUUACAUUUUUGGUUUCACAUAGGUGAAGACUUUAGGGUAAUCAAUAUACGUUUGAUUCAUCAUGGUCUAUAAUAUUUGUUAUUGAUAUUGUGUAGUAUUUGUAUUUUAUCUUCUUUACCCUACAUUCUGUUUCAAUUCUACUUUAUCUUCUUAUUACAUUUCCCCUGUGCAGCUACACCUUCUCUUAUUAUUUUUCAUACAGAUCCACAUUGGAAAAUAUAAUUUCUUCUUCAUUGCAACUCUGAAAUGAAGUCUUUCAAAAAUAAAUUCUCUUUCUGAACCGAUAAAAGCUGACGUUUAUAGAAUAGACAGAAAUGUGUUUUACUUUUUUGUUAAAACAUGCUUUGUUGGGUCUAAUAACAAUCCAGCUAAUAGCAAAUCAACAAAUAUGAAUAGAAAUGUACAGAAGAAAUGUUGCAACCUACAGCUGCUGCACGUCUUUGACUCUGAGGAUAAACAGAAGCAACGAUUGCUAUGAGACCAGAGAGCCGCCAGCUAAACAAAGACAUUGACAUUAUUCAAUUUCAAAAUAAAUCAGAUGUAUCUCAAGUGCAGAAGUUGAGAAAUGGGAUCGGCCUGUUUAUGCCGAAGUGCUAAUGACCUUAAACAUGGCGGCCAGAGGUCACGUGAUGAUCCCCUCUGAUGAAUCAGAGUUCAGAAAACCUUUUUUUAUCAUUUGAACUCUGGUUACCGACCCCCGUCGUGAUCCUCGGCCACGCCCGGACAUGGUUUAGACAGUAACCCAAGCCAGAACAAACCCAGUGGCUAAAAAUAUCAACAGUCAACAGUGCGGCUGUUGUGGGACUGAGAUAGUAGACGAGGGAGGGUCUUUACAUCAGAGGUAAUGGAGGGACAGCUGAGGGAAGAGACGGAGCAACAGCUACUCUAGAAAAAACAGGGAGAAAAUAUGACAAGUAUAAUGAACCAUCAUUUGUAGGGAAGAAUUGUAGGAAUUUUGGAUUCAAGACGAACGAAACCCUUUGUUUCAGGAAGCCUCUGCUCGCUUUCUUCUUCUUUUGUCCCCCUUUGAUACUGUCUUUACUCUCCUGGAGGUGAUGAACUUUGCUCUUGGCUUCAAGCCCCCAUCAGCAGGCAGCUCUGGGCCCGGGCCCGGUGCCGGUGGCGGCGCCACCAUGGAGAACCUGGAGAAGCAGCUAAUCUGCCCCGUCUGCCUGGAAAUGUUCUCCAAACCCGUGGUCAUCCUGCCCUGCCAGCACAACCUCUGCCGCAAGUGUGCCAACGACAUAUUCCAGUCGGCGAACCCUCUGUGGCAUUCCCGCAGCUCCCUCAGCGCCGUCGGCAGCGGCGGCCGCUUCCGUUGUCCGUCGUGUCGCCACGAGGUGGCGCUGGACCGGCACGGAGUCUACGGCCUGCAGAGGAACCUGCUGGUUGAGAACAUCAUCGACAUCUACAGGCAGCAGGAGUCCUCCAGGCUUGCGAACCUGAAGCCGGAGCAGCAGCAGCAGCAGCAGCAGCAGCAGCUGACGACGUGCGACGAGCACGAGGACGAGAAGAUCAACAUCUACUGUCUGUCGUGUGAGACGCCGACCUGCUCCAUGUGCAAGGUGUUCGGGCGACACAAGGGCUGCGACGUGGCGCCGCUCGGCGGCGUCUACGUCAGGCAGAAGACGGAGCUCGGCAACGGCAUCGCGAUCCUGGUCGCCAGUAACGACAACAUCCAGGCGCUCAUCUCUCAGAUGGAAGAAACCUGCCGCACCGUGGAGGACAACGGCAAGCGGCAGAGGGAGCAGCUGGUCGCCCGCUUCGACCGCCUGGUGUCCGUCCUGGAGGAGCGGAAGCAGCAGCUGGUGGCUCUGAUCUCCGAGCAGCAGGACGACAAACUGAAACGUGUCCGAUCCCUCGUCCGUCAGCACGGCGAGCGGCUGGAGGCGGCGGCGGCGCUGGUGGAGGCGGCCCUGCGGGCCCUGGAGGAGCCGCGCAUGGCUCUGUUCGUGCAGGUGCAGGAGGAGACGCCGACACGCGUGUUGCCCAGCGCUGCGCGAUCAGAACAGGUGUUUGGUUCAUGGGGGUCUCUCUCCUCUUCUUUUUUUUUCGCAGAACGCCAAAGUCGUCCUGGAGGAAAUGGCGGCGGCGAGCGUCUCCAACGUGGAGCGUCCGGAGCUCGGCUUCGAGAGCAUGAGCCACUUCGCCCUCGAUACCGACGACCUCGCGGACAUGUUGCAGAACAUGGACUUCUGCUCCGGUCCCUGCUGCCGUCAGGAGGACGUGGAAGUUUUACCAUAAUCCACAUAGUUCAAGACGGGAACAGACACGAAAUCAUGAAACAUGUAAACGAAACCCCCUGGAGAUGGUCAGAAAUAAGACAUUGUCCCGUAAACCUUCUGCCUGUUUCCUCCUGCUGCAGAGAGGACAAGGACUUGGCCGCGUUUCGAAACCUCCCACAUCGUCGUCUUUUGUUACCUAGAAGAAAAGCCGUGUAUGUUGUGUGCAAAUAUAUCGUCCUAUGUUUAGCUCACGGGAAACUGAACGUAUAGUGGAUUUAACUCUGCGUUGUGAAGAAGUGAAGAAGAUUAAGAGCCCUGAUAUACAGUAGCUCCACAAAGGCUCCUGUAAAAUCUACAGCUUCAAGAAAUGUAAAUAUCAAAAAACACAAUGGAUUACAGUUUAUUAAUCGGUACAUGUUUUUUUCUUUUGAAAGCAGAUUGUUAAAAGUGUAGAUUUAGGAGAACUGGAGUUACAGUAGAGCGAUAACUUACUGUGUUGAUAACUGUUUAUGGUCCUUCAUAUUUUACAAACACAACACUUUGUCUUUCAAAUGCUCGGAGGAGGAACAGGAGAAGAGACAACAGGAAGCGGAGGAUGUAAAAAAAAUACAGUGGGCAGAUAAUCUCAUUUACUGUAGGUAAUCCACGUACAGUAGGAGGCAGGUCGGGGCGGAUCGACAGAACAUCACGUCGGAGGAAUGACAAAGUAGUUUCGCAGAGA